AUGUCGCCCGUCUCUGUCUUCCGUGUCGCGACCCGCGCCGUCCGCCCUGCCAGCCUCUUCAGAGCUCCCCAAUUGCCCCGGUCCCGCCUGCAGACCCCGGUUGCUCUCGCUAUCAACCGUCCUGCCUUCAGCACCUCCUCUAAGCGCCUGGGCGGCCACCACGAGGAUGAGACAUACGAGGAGUUCUCUGCCAGAUUCGAGAAGGAAUUCGACGGUGUCCAGGAUGUCUUCGAGCUCCAGCGCAACCUGAACAACUGCUUCGCCUACGAUCUCGUCCCUUCCGUUGAGGUCCUCUCCGCUGCUCUCAGGGCCGCUCGCCGCGUCAACGACUUCCCUACCGCUGUCCGCGUCUUCGAGGUCGUAAAACUCACACACCUCGUCCGAAUAGGUAUCAAGGCCAAGGUCGAGACCCAGGACCAGUACAAGCAAUACCUCGAGGCCCUCGAGGGUCUCCGCCAGGAACUCGGCGUUGCUCUCCGUGAAGAGCUCUACCCCGGCGAGCAGUAA